CCGUAAAUCGGUAGAAAAAUAUGGAACGUGAUUCGAAUCAGCCCGAAACUUGUUCCAUCUCCUUCUAAUCACCGGUCACACUAGCACUGGGUAAAAUCAACGUGAUCUGCAAUCCAGCCUUCAGAUCUGUUCAGAUCUUUGAAGACAUCGCACGUAAACGUCUAACGAAAAGUACAACCAACACGAACGUUAGGUGUCAAAACAAGUCGUUCCACUGACAGAAAAUAUCUCGAGGAAAGAGAAAACGCGCACAAUGUCUGGUGAACAGUUCUCGCUAGUAUGGAACAGUUUCCCAACAAAUUUGUCUUCGGGUUUAUAUACUUUGCUCAGCGACGAACAGCUUGUCGAUGUAACACUUGCAGCCGAAGGACAAAUGUUACGAGCCCAUAAGCUGAUUUUAUCGCUAUGUAGCACUUACUUCAAGGAACUCUUCAAGAUGAAUUCCUGCAAACAUCCCAUAGUUAUUCUCAAAGAUGUUAACUACCGUGAUUUGUCUGCUUUACUUCAUUUCAUAUAUCAAGGUGAAGUUCAUGUCAAGCAGGAAGACCUUGGGAAUUUUUUAAAAGUAGCCGAAACUUUGCAAAUCAAAGGUCUUACUAAGGACAAGAGUGAGGAUUUCACCAUCAAUAACAUCUCAGAGCUUGGAGAGAAUCCUCCGGAACAAUCUAGGGAAUUGGAUAGUAUGAUUGAAACAGUACGAAAGUCUGAGAUGAAUUCCCUUGACCAUGAGAAGUCUACGACAACAACACAGGGAGGUGACUCAACCCUUCCUGAAGUCAGCGAAUCGACAAGUUUGUCACAAGACACAGUAUCUCCUGCACUGACAAAAUCUGUGCACAAUAAAUUUUCUGAUCAACAAAGAAGCUCCGAUCCUGAUAGUAUUAUAUGUGAAAUAUUAAGUACAAAAUCUGAUGAUCUUAAACGAAUGGAACACAAUGCCACAGAUGAGCCGUUACACCGUACCUCUGAAGCUGCUGAUCUGUUAAGAACGAAAGACGAGCUGGUAGAUUACACAUCGAACAUAGGCUGCGACAUUGCCUGCAAGAAAGAAUAUGAUAGUCAAGAGAAUUUAGAUGACCGGAACAGUAAUCUACAUGCACAAGAUAACUUGGCAGCAAAUGCGUUCAGCCAACUGGAAGAAGCUUUUAGUGCAGAUUUUUCCACCACUGGAGGUGACUUUAGUCAAGCGCGACAGACGAUGAGGGGUGUCCCAGGUAGCAGUGUACCUCUGGAAACUAUACUACGUGUUGUGUCUGAAUUAGAGCCAACCAUACGAGCAGUGAGAGGAAAAGUUAUUUGCAUGUACUCUUGUCCAUGGUGUAUGCGUCACUUUAGUCAGCGAGGCAAUCUCAAAAUACACGUUCGCUACGUUCACGGACCUCUUGAAAGUCUGACAUGUAAACUUUGUGGUAAUACAUACAAAAACAGCAACAGUCUUCGUGUACACUCUUAUGUCCAUCGUAACCCAAAGCGAAAUAAACAGUAAAUCA